AUUUUAUAUUCUGUCUUUCAGAGCAAAAAAGGGAAGAGCCCCCUGCACAUGGCGGCCAUUCACGGACGCUUCACACGCUCCCAGAUCCUCAUCCAGAACGGCGGGGAGAUCGACUGCGUGGACAAGUACGGCAAUACUCCUCUCCACGUUGCUGCUAAGUACGGCCAUGAGCUCCUGAUCAGCACUCUGAUGACCAACGGAGCAGACACGGCCAGACGUGGGAUCCAUGGGAUGUUCCCUUUGCACUUAGCGGUGCUCUACGGGUUUUCAGACUGCUGUCGCAAGUUACUCUCCUCAGGUUGGUCUUUGUUAUCAUCAUCUAUGCUUUUAUAUACAGUUGGACGUCGUGGAGGAAACUGA